AUGCCUAAAGAACGUGUCCGGGAUUGUUUGUUCGCCCCUGGAGGAGGACGCUUCUCGUCGCUGAAAUUCAUUCCACAUCACAACAUUCUGCAGCCUGCAGCACAUUGUGCGGAUGUGUUCACGACCGUAUCGCGUAUCACUGCGUACGAAGCCGAAUACAUUCUCAAGCGUAAGCCGAACGGAGUCGUGCCGAAUGGGCUCAACACUGAAGUUUCAAGUGAGACACGAAUCCCAGAACCUCCGUGUGCGUCGAAGGCAAAGAUCAACAACAACAACUUCAUCCGUGGUCACUUCUAUGGACACUAUGACUUCAAUGGAGUAACACGCUGUACAUGUUUACGGCUGGACGGUGUCGAUAUACUCGUUGAAUCGCUAGCGUAUCUGAACUAUCAACUACAAAAAAGCGGGCAUACUUAG